UAAAACCUCCCGCAUCGGCACCUCCUCUCUCAAAACCCCUGAAAUCUCUCGCACCGGCACCGGCACCGGCGGCACCUCCUCUACUCCGUGGAAACCCUGGUCUCGCUGUCGCUCACGAGUCCAGUAAAGAAGCGGAAUAAAAACUCACUGAUUUGAAGAAGAAGAAGAAGCAGAAACGAAUCUAUCUUAUAUCAGAAAAAGAUGAAGUCUUUGCAACGAAAUGGUUCUACUUCCAAUGAUGCAACAGAAGAGAAGAAGAAGAAGAAGAAGAAUAAGAACCAAAGAAAGAAAUCUCCGUCGGAAGACAGCGAAGCAACAGAGCCACCCACCCCUUCCUUUGACGAGGAUCCUGUUGAGGAUGACGAGGGUAAAGGUUCGUUAGAGGAUAGAUUUAUUCAGGAUGCCUCAGAUGAGGAUGAUGAAGUAUAUCAGAGUGCAGAGGAGAGUGAAUCCUCAGGAGACGAGGGGUUAGAUAGCAAUGACAAAGCUGGGGAUGUGCAUAAGGAUUAUGGCCAGGAAGAUCAAGAUGAAGAUACUGAAGAGCAUCGGGGAGUUGAAGAGAGUGACUCCUCAGAAGAUGAGGUAGCUCCACGAAAUACCAUUGGAGAUGUACCACUGAAGUGGUAUGAGGAUGAGGAGCACAUUGGGUAUGACAUUACAGGGAAGAAGAUAAAGAAGCAGGCGAGAAAGGAUAAGUUGGAUUCCUUUCUAGCAGGGGUUGAUGAUGCUAAAAAUUGGCGAAAGAUUUAUGAUGAGUACAAUGAUGAGGAGGUGGAGCUUACAAAACAGGAGACUAAAAUGAUCCGUAGGUUGCUGAAAGGAAGGACACCUCAUGCUGGUGUCGAUCCAUAUCCGCCGUAUGUUGAUUGGUUUGCGUGGGAUGAGAAGAAUCACCCGCUGUCAAAUGCGCCUGAGCCAAAGAGACGAUUUAUUCCCUCUAAAUGGGAACAUAAAAAAGUUGUUGAGUAUGUCCGAGCAAUUCGGAAGGGGUUAAUAAAAUUCGACAAACCAAAGGAGGAGCCAAGCUUUUAUCUAUUGUGGGGAGAUGAUUCCAGCUCAACUGAUAAAUCACAUGGAUUGAGCUAUAUUCCUGCUCCAAAACCAAAAUUGGCAGGCCAUGAAGAGUCAUACAACCCUUCCAUAGAAUAUAUUCCUACACAGGAGGAGAUCAAUUCUUAUCAGUUGAUGUAUGAGGAAGAUCGCCCAAAGUUUAUUCCAAAAAGGUUUGAGUCUCUUCGAGGUGUUCCGGCAUAUGAGAAUGCUCUAAAGGAAGGUUUUGAUCGAUGUUUGGAUUUGUAUUUAUGCCCCAGAACUCGGAAGAAACGUAUUAACAUAGAUCCUGAGUCCCUGAAGCCCAAGCUACCGAGUCGGAAAGAUCUAAAGCCCUACCCAUUGACUUGUUAUCUUGAGUAUAGAGGUCACAGUGGUGCUGUUCUGUCAAUUUCAGUUGAAUCCUCAGGUCAAUGGAUUGCUUCUGGUUCGAUGGAUGGAACUGUUCGAAUUUGGGAGGUUGAAACUGGCCGAUGCCUUAGAGUCUGGGAGGUCAAUGAAGCUGUCCAGCAUGUAGCAUGGAAUCCUUUGCCCGAGCUUCCUAUAUUGGCUGUUUGUGUUGGGCAAGAUAUGCUUCUUUUGAACACAGGACUUGGAAGUGCAGAAGAACAGCAAAAAAUUAAAGAACUGCUGCAUGUUGAGGCUUCUCCAGUACCAGAUGACUCUGGUAGCACAUUCACUGUGAGUUGGGUUCAACAUGACAAGCAUGAUGGUAUCAGGUUGAAGCAUCUUAAGAGUGUGUCCUCAGUUGAGUGGCAUCGCAAAGGAGACUACUUCACUACAGUUGUGCCGGGUGAUAUCACAAGAGCAAUACUGAUACACCAACUCUCAAAGAAGCUCACACAGAAUCCUUUCAAGAAAUUGCACGGCCUUCCGGUUUCAGCAGUUUUCCAUCCAUCUCGUUCCGUUUUCUUCAUUGCGACGAAGAAAACUGUCCGUGUUUAUGAUCUGUUGAAACAAAAGCUCAUCAAGAAGCUUGAAACGGGAAUGCGCGAGGUUUCUUCCAUUGCAAUUCAUCCUGCAGGUGAUAAUGUAAUAGUAGGGAGCAGAGAAGGGAAACUGUGUUGGUUUGACAUGGAUCUUUCGUCUCAGCCAUAUCGGAUUUUAAAGAGUCACCCCAAGGACAUUACGAAUGUGGCAUUCCAUCGUUCAUACCCCCUCUUCGCCUCAUGCUCUGAGGAUUGCACGGCAUAUGUCUUCCAUGGCAUGGUUUAUUCAGAUCUUAACCAGAAUCCUCUUAUCGUUCCAUUGGAAAUUCUCCGAGGGCACAAUAGCACCAAUGGCCGAGGGGUAAUGGAUUGCAAGUUCCAUCCAAGGCAGCCAUGGUUAUUCACUGCAGGUGCAGAUUCAGUGAUCAAGCUCUUCUGUCAUUAAAAUGUCAUCAUCACCAUCAUCUAAGCCUUCUCCCAACUAUUUGGGGUCGGCUACUUUCACCAGAAUGCACCGAGGGAUGUCUAUUACGAGAUCAUAGGGUUCAGAAGAAUUGGGGGAUGGGAAGAUCUCUCUCUCAACCCAGAAAUUUGUGAACUGGUUAUCGGAGAUCAUCGAAUUAAUGGCGGUUGAUUUUCUUUGAAUGGGUUCGAAAUGGCAGGGGAGUGUUGUAUUGCAAGACGAGCUAUGCGGAGAAGGUGCUGGCCACAGGUUUUAUGGUGUGCUUGAUGCUUGUAGCUUGUAUUGGUCUGCACUAGUAUAUCCAUCUCUUAGCCCUGAUGCGUUUGCAUCGAAUUUUUGGAUUUUGAUCAAAUUUGUGCGGUAAUUGAGAUUUAAAUUGAAUUAAUGAAAAAAAAGAGGUUUUCUUUCAA